GUCCUUUUCGUGCCUCGAUUUCCACCUCCAACCCUCUAGCCAACCACCACGACGAGGCAGAGUACUGAUAGCUUGAACGAGGCAGUAAUCAGAUACAGCAUUCCCUAUCUUCUACCUACCCUACUCACGGUAGCCAUAAUCAAUUAGCAGCCGACUUGUGGUAGUCCAUCAGCCCACUCACGUUUUGCUCAACCCGUAGCGAUUCUAGCUUCCCCCUCAACCGCUGGGGACAUUUGCCCUGCGCCCAUCCAUUGACAUCAAUCAAAUUCAGAUAUGGUCAAGGAGAAUGUCGGGGGAAACCCCGAGCCGGGAAUCUACAGCGCGACCUAUAGCGGUAUUCCAGUAUGGGAGUAUCAGUUUGGUGUCGAUCUCAAGGAGCAUGUAAUGCGCCGUCGCCACGAUGAUUGGGUAAACGCUACACAUAUCCUCAAGGCUGCCGGCUUCGACAAGCCCGCCCGAACGAGAAUCCUGGAGCGCGAGGUACAAAAAGACACCCACGAGAAGAUUCAAGGCGGAUAUGGGAGAUACCAGGGCACCUGGAUCCCCCUCGAACAGGCCGAAGCCCUCGCUCGCCGCAAUAACAUCUACGAACGGCUAAAACCCAUCUUCGAGUUCCAACCGGGCAACGAGAGCCCUCCUCCUGCACCUAGACACGCCAGCAAGCCAAAGGCCCCCAAGGUCAAGCCUGCUGUUCCGACAUGGGGCAGUAAGUCGGCAAAGAACGCCAACCCCCCUCAGCCUGGCACCUUCUUACCACCCGGUCGCAAAGGUCUUCCUGCACAAGCCCCAGACUACAACGAUGCCGAUACGCACAUGCACGACGACGAUACACCCGACAACCUUACUGUGGCCUCGGCCUCCUACAUGGCCGAGGACGACCGCUACGAUCAUUCACACUUCUCGACCGGGCACAGGAAACGGAAGCGAGACGAGUUGAUAGAGGAUAUGACGGAACAGCAGCAUGCAGUCUACGGUGACGAACUACUCGACUACUUUUUGCUCUCUAGAAACGAGCAGCCGGCCGUGCGACCCGACCCUCCUCCCAAUUUCAAGCCCGACUGGCCCAUCGAUAACGAGCGUCACACCUGUCUUCAUUGGGCCUCUGCCAUGGGCGAUGUUGAUGUGAUGAGGCAGUUGAAGAAGUUUGGAGCUAGCUUGGACGCACAAAACGUACGAGGAGAGACACCGUUUAUGCGAGCGGUCAACUUUACCAACUGCUUCGAGAAACAGACCUUUCCGCAGGUUAUGAAGGAGCUUUUUUCCACCAUCGAUUGCCGGGAUUUGUCAGGUUGCACAGUCAUACAUCACGCUGCUGUCAUGAAGAUUGGGCGUGUCAACAGCCAGUCGUGCUCGCGGUACUACCUCGACAUCAUCCUCAAUAGGUUGCAGGAGACACACCACCCCGAGUUCGUACAACAGCUUCUAGACGCCCAGGACAACGAUGGUAACACGGCUGUCCAUCUCGCCGCCAUGCGCGAUGCCCGAAAAUGCAUCAGGGCCCUCCUCGGCCGUGGCGCCAGCACCGACAUCCCGAACAAGCAAGGCAUACGUGCCGAAGAGCUGAUAAAAGAGCUCAAUGCUUCCAUCUCCAAAUCCCGCUCCAACCUUCCGCAACGAUCCUCCAGCCCGUUCGCCCCCGAUACCCAACGUCAUGAUGCCUUCCACGAAGCCAUCUCCGAGUCCAUGGUCACGAGCCGCAAGAACUCACAGCCGAACUACAGCAGCGACGCGGCCAACACGGUGCAAAAUCGCAUCACGCCCUUGGUCCUCCAGAAGCUCAAGGACCUUACCGCUACGUAUGACAGUGAGUUCAAGGAGAAAGACGACGCCGAGAAGGAAGCCCGGCGCAUCCUCAACAAGACCCAGUCCGAGCUCAAAGCCCUCACCGCCUCCAUCGACGACUACAACUCCCGCCUCGACACGGACGACGUAGCCGCCAAGACGGCCGCGGAGAUGGCCACGGCGCGACAUAAGGUGUUGGCGUUCGUGACGCACCAGAACCGCAUAUCCGUGCAGGAGGCCGUGAAGCAAGAGUUGGCCGCACUGGACCGUGCAAAUGCAGUCACGAACGGCACCUCGACCAAAUCAAAGUCAUCUUCUCCAUCCAAGAAACCCAAACUCUCCCCGAUACCAGAUCAAAAAGACAAACCUCCCAAGGACGAAAACGAAACUGAGUCCGAAGCGGAACACCCAGACCCCCCCGCUGCACAAGCACAUCAACAACAACCAGGCCCCUCCUCCCAAGACACCGAAGUCGAAGACCAAGAUCGGGAAGAAGAAGAGGACGACUACACCCACCGUCUCUCUCUCGCCGCCGAGCUGCGCUCCAUCCUCCAAGAACAACGCUCAGCAGAAAACGACUACGUCGAAGCCCGCGGCAUGCUAGGCACAGGCGAGCGCAUCGACAAGUACAAACACCUCCUGAUGUCGUGUUUGCCGCCGGAUGAGCAAGAAAACCUCGAGGAAAACCUGGAGGAGAUGAUCAAGUUGAUGGAGCAGGAGGAUGAGAGCGUUACUGACUUGCCUGCUGGUGCCGUGGGCGGCGGCGGUGGGGGGAAUGCUGCUGACGGUUCCGGCGGCGGAGGUCAACCAAGCAAUGGGAGGAGGGAGAGCGUGUUGCCUGCGUUGAGGGGUGGGAAUGGAGAUGGAGAGAUGUCGAGGAGAGGGAGUAGGACCGCUGCUGCUGCUGCCGCCCAGGUGGAUGGAGAGAGGGAGAUUAAUGGUCGAGCUGGAGCGGAAAGAACCGAACGAAUCCAAGAAAUCGCGGCUGUUUAGAACGUGGACGCGAUGAAUAUGGCUGGGGGGUGGUGGCAGGGACCGCAGGGACCGCACGUCCCGCAGUGGGGAUAUGAUGGAUAUGGAUACGGAUAUGGCAUGAUGCAGACGGAUUCCGGUUUGACAAGUCAGGGAUGUACGAUGCAUGAGGUAGAGGGAGGCAUCGCAAGUCUGGUGUGGCAUGGUGGUUCGGGAAUGGGGGGGAGCGGCAAAAGAUGGAUCGCAGGAGAAAGCGGAUACGCGGAGCUACUCCCGCAAGUGAUGGAGGAGGAAGAAUAUAAACAAGAAGAAGUGGGUGGAGAGGAGGAGGGUCAAGUUUUGCCUAGGUUGCCUCCUAUUAAGAGUUGGUUUAGGGAUUAGAAAACUUGUGGUGUGCUUUUUUGGCCCCUUCUUGUUAGAGGGGGGUUCACUUUCUUGCUUUCAUCCAAUGGUUUCGCUUGCACGCUAUGGUUCAUGGGUGGUUGGUUGGUUGGAUCUUGCUGUUGGUUCACACUCUUCUUGACAUUUUGCUUCUCCAAACUUGAAACCGGCUGUUGUGGCAUGGAUGCUAAAAGGGAACGGUGUAGACGGAUGUGGACGGUUGGAUUGGUAUAAAGGAAAGUGGAAUAGAGAAAACGAAAGGAAAAUAAGCGUAAGGACUCAGGAGAUAGAGCAAAGGCGACACCACGAAUGCCACGGGUAAGGUCACUGAGGUGUGGUUUUUAGCUCUAUAAGCGGCACACGAUUACACAAAAGGCGC